AUUGCCCGUGGACUUUCCAGAUGUGAGUCGAAAAAACCCAAACAUCUGCUUUGUUGACUUAAGCCACCACUUGGUGGAGGGGAAGACCACAGACAGGAUAUGUUCACAGCGCUGGACUUUAACCAUUAACGCGCACGCUUGCGCUCUUUAAGUUUGUGUUUUCUCUUGUCCUCGACCCUGUGUGGCCGUGUGAGUUAACCUUUCGUUUAAAAGGAUACUUCUGGUCAGAAUGCCUUGGGAACUGAGUGACAUCGUGUGCAGCCCGGUAUGGGUCAUCUCAACAGUUGUCCUGGGGCUGGUAGUGCGAUCUCAACGGAGAGGCUCUUGGGACCCGCGCGCGUGUAAAGUGGAGCUGAAGGGGAAAACGGCCAUUGUCACCGGCGCCAAUACAGGCAUUGGAAAGUUCAUUGCCCUGGACUUUGCACGGCGGGGCGCACGUGUGAUCCUGGCAUGUCGGAACGAGGCCCGUGGGAACGCUGCCGUGCGCGAAAUCCGCGAGCUGAGCGGGAAUGCAGAUGUGCACCUGCGCCUGGUGGACGUGUCCUCGUUGGAGUCCGUGCGGGAGUUCGCCGCCGCCAUCCUACGGGAGGAAAAGGAGAUCCACAUCCUGGUGAAUAACGCUGGAGCCUCAGGUUUGCCAAAAGGCAUGACAGCAGAUGGGCUGGAGGUUUCCUUUGCAACCAAUCAUGUGGGACCAUUCCUCCUCACCAACCUUCUACUGGACCGUAUUAAGAGCUCAGCUCCAGCUCGCAUCGUGAACGUGUCCUCCGUCAACCACUGGAGGGGGAAAAUGGACACCUCUCAUUUCCACGGGCAGAACCUUGUGUACCGCAUGGACGAGGUGUACAACCACACCAAGCUGCACAACGUCCUGUGGACCAACGAACUCGCCCGACGCCUCAAAGGCUCAGAUGUGACAGCAAACUCUCUGCACCCGGGGGUGGUGAUGACGGAGGUAAUGAGACACUACAGCUGGGUGGUGCGAUUCCUCUUCAACUUGGUUGGAUUUUUCUUCUUCAAGACCUCUGAAGAGGGGGCCGCCAGCACCAUCUACUGUGCGGUGGCCGAGGAGACGGAGGGGAUCUCGGGGAAGUACUUUGACAGCGACUGCUCCCUGGUGCAGCCCUCACCGACCGCUCGUGAUCCCGCUCUCGCCCUCAAGAGCUUUGAGUUUUGCGAGAGGCUGACCUCCAAACUCUGACCUCCACAGACUUUAUGACUGCUCACUCAUGACAUGUGGAGCGGUGGUGGUGUUGUGGUGAAGGAGCUGGGCUAUAGUGUGCAGUAGCCUGAAAGUUGUUAGCGCAAUUCCUGCCCUUGAGCAAGGGAGUUAGGUGCUCCGGGGACAAUGUAAUGACUAUGUAAUCCCUUGUAAUAUAGUUGACAUUUGUAAGUCUCCUCAGAUGAAAAAAAAGUGUCUGCUAAAUGUAAUGUAUAAUAAUGUAAUGACAUGCCCAACACCUCCAGCUUCAGAGACUGAACAUCAAACUAGGGUCCUAUUUUAAAUGAUAAAAUGGCAAAGUGUAAAGUCCAAAGUGUAAAGUCUAACUAGUGCAAUGCAAACAUUGGUUGGUCAACUCAAUGCUCCCAUGCUCCCAUCUAACGAAAGCUUUAGUUCAUGCACAAGACACUUUACUCAUUGCCCGUCAUUGAAAUUAGAGUCCCCAAUCUUUUUUUAAUGUUAUAUUUUAAUGUUGAGAUGUUCAGGAAUGUUUGAUAAUAGUCUGAAGGUAUGUUAGAUUGUGUGAGCUAUGUGCACUGUAAUGAUUCUUAAAGGACUAAGUUAUCUUGAACAGCUACAUUUAAAAGACCCCCAGGGGAAGAAGUUGACUGCCAUUUGAAAUGCUAGUCAGAUGUUGUCAUUUAAAUCAUUGCUCAAUAAUGCAUUUAUCACAUCACAUCACAUCACAUGAUCCUGAGUAAGGAUGACAAAACCCUGCAUCCCACAUCUGCCUCAGUGUUUAUAAGUCGGUUUUUGGUUUCCCCUUUGUCCUCUUUUUGUCUACAGUCAUACCACAGACAUAACAGAUUCAACAGAUAGUGGCAGAUAAUUUGCUAAAUAAAUAAACACAAUGUGAGACAGACACCAGUACACCAGAGUAAAAAGCAAAACCCACGCUUGAGCAGAAGCACAUUGAUCAGAAAAUUCCCUAAAUCAAAAGUAAAAGUAAGCUGUAAGCACACAAAUUAUUAGCCUGGCUAACGCCAUCACGUGGGUUUACCCAGUCUAGUAAAUAAUAGAUGCUUUAAGACUCUUACUUUAGUGUGACAUCUAACCCAUUAUAAAACAUAUAGUACUGUGCUGCUUUUAAUGAAAAAGAAAGCAGUCACAACUUAGGAUAGACUAUUAAGUUCAUGCAGCACUUUAAAACUUGAUGCCUAUAG